AUGGCGGACGAGGAGGGAGCUUACUACUUGGAACAAGUGACUGUUGCUGAAGACAGUGAUGAUGAGUUUGCCUAUGAAGAGGUAAGAUAUUAUUACAAUGACAGCUGUCAUUACUACAUGUAUGGUUUCUUGCCAUUUUUACAGUUACAGAUUAUCCUUAUGCAAAAGACUGAGCCUACCAAGCCAUCAGUGACUACAAGACCAGAGAUUGUGGAAGACUUUGUGCGAAACUUUCUUGUUAAAAUGGGGAUGACGAGAACACUUGAUUGUUUUCAGACUGAGUGGUAUGAGUUGCUGCAAAAAGGGAUNAUAAUGACAGGCCUCCAGACGACUCUCCAUCAAGUGGGAGGGAGUCAGGCAGUGCUCACACAAGGAGGUGAGACCCAGAAAAAGAUGUCUCAGUACCGCCCUGCAGCUGCUCAGAAUAAUGAGACUGGACCCCAACAGAAGCUCCAAAGCCAACACCCCAAGCCAGAAUUAAAACAAAUGGACUCAGAGUUUCCUGGUGAUAGUCGAGUGAAUCCCCAACUCGCUCACCACAGAGGUCCGUCAGCACACUUGACACGCGCAGGAGGAUUCAGGUUGACGCACACGAUCAGUGCUCACAAUCUGCCACCAGCUCAUUAUCUAAUUGUUAAAUAUAAUUUUGUCUUUCGCAGAAAGGCAAAACAGACCUUUGUCCGGUUGAAGAAGGAAAGAGAUUUUCACAGAAUGCAUCACAAGAGAGUUGUCCAGGAAAAGAACAGGCUCAUUACUGAUAUCAAAAGACUUAAGAAGCACUAUUCUUCUUAUGAACCCACCCUGCAGACCCUAAAACACAAAUAUGAGGUGGCUAUGAAGGAGAAGAUGCUCACAAAAUUGGAAAGAGAUAGAGCUGUUGGACAGAUGACAGGCCUCCAGACGACUCUCCAUCAAGUGGGAGGGAGUCAGGCAGUGCUCACACAAGGAGGUGAGACCCAGAAAAAGAUGUCUCAGUACCGCCCUGCAGCUGCUCAGAAUAAUGAGACUGGACCCCAACAGAAGCUCCAAAGCCAACACCCCAAGGACUCAGAGUUUCCUGGUGAUAGUCGAGUGAAUCCCCAACUCGCUCACCACAGAGGUCCGUCAGCACACUUGACACGCGCAGGAGGAUUCAGGUUGACGCACACGAUCAGUGCUCACAAUCUGCCAGUUAGUGGACUAGCUUUGCAUCCAAGAAAACAGGUCCUGGCCACAGUUAGCGAUGACUGGAGCUGGAAGAUGUGGGCUGUACCGAGUGGUGACAUCAUUAUGACAGGUGAAGGCCACAAGGAUUGGUUAUCAGACUGUGAUUUCCAUCCAGGAGGCGCUCGUCUGGCCACAUCAUCCGGAGACGGGACAGUGAAGAUCUGGGAUUUCUCCAAAGCGGAGUGUGUUCUGACCUUCACUGACCACACCCAUGCCGUGUGGGGCUGCUCGUGGCACUCGUGUGGGGACUUCCUUGCUUCCUGUUCCAUGGAUAACACUUCCAAAGUCUGGGAUGUCAACAGCGAGCGCUGCCGACACACUCUGCGCGGUCACGCGGACUCUGUGAACAGUAUCGUGUUUCUUCCAUAUUCAAACACGCUCUUGACGUGCUCAGCGGAUAAGACGCUUUCUCUGUGGGACGCGCGAACGGGAUUGUGUGCUCAAACGUUCUACGGUCACAUGCAUUCCUGUAACCACGUGGUGUUUAACCUGAAGGUAAGUUAGGCGGCGGAGUUUGUAACCUGUUCUAGGCAUUCGGUUAGUAGUGGGAAGUCCGCGCGAAGAACGAGUGGAACUGGGAAGAAGGCGAGGGGCUUGGCGCGAGAAAGAGUGCUUCCUUCCCCAGAUUCUCUUGUUCUCGCACUCGCCUUGUUUCCCUUUGUCUCGCCGCCAGAAACCGAGGGCCUGGAAGAGGCUACGGAGGUUGCUUUUAGCUUAGACAACGAGUAAGAUAGACCACUGCAACGAGUUUACAUCCACGUGAGUUCCCUCUAAAAGAAUGGAAGUCAAGAAAACUAUUCUGAGAAAAGAAAAGAGUUUGUGCAAUAUUUCGUCGAAAAUGUGAAAGUGAGCGCAUUUCCGAAUUGUUAAAUUUGGUUGACCUACAUGUAAUCACUUUUUUAACAACGGGCGAUUAAAGAAAAACUGUUUUCAUAAACGACAAGAGUACGUGU